AUGAAAUAAUAAUUAACACUGUAAAAAUACAAAAAAUCUAUAAAUUCUCCUACUUCUAAAAGAUUGUUCUCAACACCUAAAGCUCAUUUAGGAUUACUAUCUUCAGAUUCUGCAAGCUCUAAGGACAACUCGCAAUUUUCCAAAGAAUGGUAUCCUUUUGCGCAGCAGGAUAGAAGUUAUUGA